CGCCCUGGCAGAGCGUCGCAGCGCCGCGAGCCCGCGAGGAGCGCGCCGUCCGUCCAGUCCCCGCGUCGGGUUCCGCGCCCCCGGGUCCCCAGGCCCGCCGCCAUGGCCAGCCAGGAGCUGGCGCUCAAGCUGCAGCGGCGGCUGCAGUGGGAGGAGGUGGAGGAGGGCGGCCUCCAGCCCGCGCCCGGCGCAGCCCUGGCGCCGGAGCACGAGUCCCCCGCGCGGGCGCCCACCGUCUGCGCCGACGCCGAGCUGAGCGCGCAGCUGAACCGACGGCUGGACAUCAACGAGGGCACCGCGCGGCCCCGCCGCUGCAAGGUCUUCAACCCCUACACCGAGUUCCCGGAGUUCAGCCGCCGCCUCAUCAGGGACCUGGAGAGCAUGUUCAAAAAGUAUGACGCUGGACGGGACGGCUUCAUUGACCUGAUGGAGCUGAAGCUGAUGAUGGAGAAACUGGGGGCCCCCCAGACCCACCUGGGCCUGAAGAGUAUGAUCAAGGAGGUGGACGAGGACUUUGACGGCCAGCUCAGCUUCCGUGAGUUCCUACUCAUAUUCCACAAGGCCGCAGCGGGAGAGCUACAGGAAGACAGCGGGCUGAUGGCGCUGGCAAAGCUCUCUGAGAUCGACGUGGCCCAGGAGGGCGUGAAAGGUGCCAAGGACUUCUUUGAAGCCAAGGUCCAAGCUUUGUCCUGUGCCAGUAAGUUUGAAGCCGAGCUAAAAGCUGAGCAAGACGAGCGGAAGCAGGAGGAGGAGAAGAGGAGACUCCGCCAGGCGGCCUUCCGGGAGCUCAAAGCCGCUUUCAGCACAUAGUCAGGCAACCUUGACCUCCGUCCACACAGUGCCUCACAGAAGCCCCCAAGAGAGCUGGCUGGGCAUCUUCCUCCCCAACCGGCCUCCACACCCACCACUCGAUGCAAACUCCUUAGCCUCAUGGAGUGGCAGGGGUGGCUCUCAUCCCUGGGUGGGAGCCCCUCCCAAGUGUCCUGGGAUGAGCCAACUGCUCCCCGGUGCUUCUCCUUCCUGCCCUCUUUCCUCUGUAGCCAGAUGGUGCCUCUACUCAGCAACUUGCACUUUUUCCUUGUCCCUGCAGGGUUCUGAUGUUAAUGUUGCCCAUUCUCCCAGGGAAUUCACCUCUCCCCUUCUCCGCACCUCUCCCCUUGGGGGUCCCCCUCCUCUUGGUUUCCUGUUCAACUUCCCUGCUUUCAUUCUGAGCCUGAUUCUGCCCGUUGCUUUGGUGUCUUCUGUGCUUUGAUGACAGCGAGGUUUAAGGCAAGCCAGGCUGGACCAGUGCCUGCCCCCUCUGCAGCGGGGGUGCAUGCUGCUGAGAUGGCAAAAUAGGGGACAGGUAGGAAGUCCCGUUCCUUCCUCUCACCUUUCUUCUGUCCACUUAGCAUUCCCCCUCCCCCCCUUCACCCCUUCAUUCUUGUCCUCUCAUUUCCUCCUACUCUUAAAUACCCUGCUACUUACCUGCAAGAAUGAGAGAAUAAUCAGAAGUGAUAUUAAUGCAUAGAAGAAUCCCUAUUAAUUCCUACUAUGCAAAUAAAUUACUGUGGACCCCUACAUUCCCGAGUGACAAAUCCAGAGCCUUCCAAAAUCCCAAAAGUCGUGACCAUCUUCAUCUGGCCAGUUUCCAACUUUUGCCCCAAGAUGUUGAGGUGAAGCUGUUCUUACCCCCCGCACAAAUUUUUAGAUGUUGGGUGUUCUUGGGAUUGCUCACGAAUACCAGGGGGUUGUUGUAUUUUUUUUUUUUUUUUAAGAAUUCCUAACAUUGUAUUUAUUACUUCUCUUUUGUAACUGCUGUCUUUACAAGGGGAACAUCUGCAUUUCUACUUCACAGCUGCCUCUUUUUUCCAAUAAACCAUGCAAGUGGACUUUGCCGUCA